AAAAGCCCCUGUCGUCGCCGCGGCUUUCCUGUUUUCCUCAGCCGCUCAGCAAAUUGCGCCUUUCUGUUCCGCUGCUGCUAUGGCCUCGGGGACUAGGCCUCUGCUAGGACACAUCUGCGUGGUGACCGGCGCCUCGCGGGGCAUCGGGAAAGGCGUCGCGCUGCAGCUGUCGGAAGCGGGCGCCACCGUCUAUAUCACGGCCCGGCACCGGGAAACUCUGGAGCAAGCGGCGGCGGAGGUGCAAAGCCGGGGCGGCAAGUGCGUGCCGGUGGUGUGCGACUCUACUCGAGAGGAAGACGUGGCGGCGUUGUUCCAGCGCGUCCGAGAGGAGCAAGCCGGCCGCUUGGAUGUUUUGGUCAACAGCGCUUUCUCCGCGGUGACUACCCUGUCCAAAGAGAUCGGGGUGCCGUUCUGGGAAAGCGAGCCGUCCCUCUGGGACCAGGUCAACAACGCCGGCCUGAGAGGCAACUAUUUCUGCACGGUUCAUGCCGCCCGGCUCAUGGUGCCCGCCGGGCGCGGUCUCAUUGUCAUCAUCUCCUCGCCCGGUGGGCUGCGGUACAUGUUCGACGUCCCGUACGGGGUGGGCAAAGCUGCCUGCGACCGCCUGGCGGCUGACUGUGGCGUCGAGCUGCGCCCCUUCGGCGUGGCCUGCGUCUCCCUUUGGCCCGGGCUCGUUCGCACCGAACUGGUCGUGCAGCAAGUGGAGAAUGUCAAGGAACAAUUCAAGGAUCUGUGGGAGCGGCUGGCGAACAAGGCAGAAAGUCCCGAAGUGAGCGGGAAAUGCGUGGUGGCCUUGGCUUCGGAUCCCCACGUCAUGAGGCACAGCGGCAAGGUGGUCCUCAGCCCAGACCUUGCCCGGCUCUACCGGUUUAAGGACGUGGAUGGGCGAGACGUCUAUAAUUAUGUUUCGGUUCGGGAAUGCCUUACCGAAUUGAUGCCCAAGCUCUCUUUCCUUCUCUGGUUCAUUCCCCGCUUUAUCACUUUCCCUAAGUGGGCUCUUGCUCUUUAUUCCAGCAAGUUUGCUAUCUACCCUCCCAUUCAGCCUGCGGAUUUUAAACCAGUUAAAAAAGACUGAUCCGUGUGGUGUACACCUUAGGUGCAUGUUUGGCAACAAGAUCAAGCUUUUGUGAAAAAAAUGAUUGUUUUGGUCAGUCGUUCUUCGACUGGUAAAUUAUUUCAGCUCUUAAAAAUCUGGAAGAGUGAGUUUUUGCAGGAAGGGGUUUUACCCUUCUAAAAACUCAUUUGAAGAAUUUGCUUGGGGAUUUCCUCUGAAAUGAAAUCUUAAGAUCUGUUUCAUUGUUUUUGAGAUAGUACAGAAAUGUUAAGUAACUUUGCAGCUAAUGCUAUCUAAAAUGCAAGGUUUGGGGUUUAUCAAAGAAUCUUUCGCAUACUUGAAAAUGAUCCAAGCUACUUGCAACUAAGAAUACUGUAGUUAGAAGAUGGCAAGACACCUGGGAAAAAUGCUUUUUUGUUUUGCUUUUAUCUAUGUUGAACACAUUUAUAUACUCUGCCAGAGCCUGUUUGUAUCCCAGUCUUCUGUAUUUUGUUUCCAUAAAAACAAUUGUCAGUUUGAA